CUCUAGGCCUCAGACAAUACUACAAGGCUUUUAUCUCUCAGGAAAUUAGAGUCUCUUCAGACUUGCCCGAGGAGAAUUGGAUAAGCUCGUUCAGUAAGUCCGUCACCGUUCUGUCAAGUCUCCGCGGCGAGUGAGUGCAGUCAGGGCUGCCAAGCUGCGUACAUGUACUACUCACGUUAUCUCUUACAUGAGACGCGCUGGUGACUCUUACGUGAGAGCGGGGACAUUAUGUGAGCAAGGCAAAUGAAACCACCCACUUCCAUCUAGAAUACUUAAACCAUACUCUGCGUAUUCUCGCCCAGCUUGAUUGAGCCUCCUCAGUGACCACCACACUCACCUCUCUCCUCCAUCUGCUGCCGCCGCCAUCAUGCCCUCUCGCCCCAUCACCGACUACGGCGCCCUGACGUUCGACUGCUUCGGCACGCUCGUCGACUGGGAGACGGGCAUCUACAAUAUGCUCCUCCCGCUGCAGAACCGCCUGCCCGAGUCGCACCCGCACUACAACGACCGCAUGGGCUUCCUCAAGCUCUUCAUCAAGAACGAGGGCAUCGUCCAGCGCGCCGACCCCGAGGGCCUCUACCCGGACAUCCUGGCCAACACGUACCGCGCCAUCGCCAAGGAGCUCGGCGUCGAGUCCAAGGACGACGAGGCCGCCGCCUUUGGCAACGCGGUGGGCGACUGGCCCGUCUUCCCGGACACCCAGGAGGCCCUCCAGCGUCUUCAGAAGCACUUUAAGCUCGUCAUUCUCUCCAAUGUCGACAAGGCCUCCUUUGGCCGCGCUCUCACCAACCAGCUGCCCGAGAUCCAGUUCGACGCCAUCUACACCGCACAGGACAUUGGCACCUAUAAGCCCAACCCGCGCAACUUUGAGUACCUCAUCGAACACUGCGAGAAAGACCUCGGCGUCCCCAAGGACAAGAUCAUCCACACUGCCUACGCGCUGCCGCACGACCUCAUUCCCGCCCACAAGGCGGGGCUCGCCAGCUGCUGGAUCGAGAGGGGCGUCGACGUGCCCGCGGCCUGCGGCGGUGGGCAGCCUGAUCAGUACCCCGCCGGUGCGCUGGGCUUUGAGUGGCAGUUCAAGACCAUGAAGGAUAUGGCCGACUACGUGGACUCGUUGUGAGAAGGCAAAGGAUAGGAGAGGCCCUGUUGGUCCAGAAUUGUAUGCCUGGAAAUACUAAUCACAUCCGAGAUCACCAUCGCCAAUCCGUCUUUUGCUCACCGGCCAGGCUUCAUACUGGCCUCCCUGCCCCGCCUCUCUUCCUCUG